UUUUAGUUAUUAAAUUUUGUUGUUUACAUGUCGAUUUCACAAUUAAUGGAUGAACAACAGCAAGACGAUUCUAAUUGCCCAAUAUGUGCUUAUCAAUUUUCCACUCCAGAUAAAGUUCCGAAAAUUUUACCCUGCUCUCACACGUUCUGCAGUCCUUGUAUCGACAAUAUUAUAGCCGCCACUCCUUCCAAUUCAGAUUCCUCUGUAAAGUGUCCAAUCUGCAGGCAGGACGUCUUCAUUCCGAAAGAUGGGGUCCAGGGAUUUUUUGACAAUUAUUUUAAAUCCGCGCCACAACAAGAGGAGACGUGUGAUAUCUGUGGUGCGCGAGAGGUACGAAAGCUGAAGCAUUGUCAUGAAUGCAACAGUAUUCUGUGUAGCGUUUGCCACAAAAGUCACCAUCACAAAGAUGAGAAAAAAUUCGGCGAUUACGACGAGGACAGCGACGAAGAAAACGAUGGUCAUCGUGACUUGCGAAUUCUUCGAAGAAUUGGAAAUGCUUAUCGAAGUACUGUGAAGUCUGCGUUCUUCGCUUACCUCAGUACGUCAUUCAAAUGUAAUAAUUUUGAGCGUAUUCGAAAGAUAAUUCCAGAUGACAAAAACGAGUGCUGGGUUCUGACAAAUAGACCAUUCGUAGCUAAGUUUUCCCGAAAUGGCCAGGAGAUGUACCGAAAAUAUGUCGAAAACGUACUCCAGGACAUAGCUCGAUUUAGUGAUGGUACACUUGUUUUAGCCUUCUCUAGUGGUGAAAUUCUGUUGCUGCAGGGGCAAGAAUUAAGCUUAGCUACAACCACAGAAAACAGCGUCCCCAUCUCACUGUACGCGUACGAUGAUGGUCGUCUAUUGAUUGCUACGCGGCCUCACUCUAGUAACACCCAUUUAAACAACAGCGGUCUAUUUAUCACGGACCAAAUGCUGAAGAAGAUCCAGCCACUCGACGUGAACUUUGGUCUUUAUGAAGUGUCAUCAAUGACUGUAAAUGAGAAAACCGGACAGGUCGCUCUCUGCGAAACGACAAAAAAGUGUGUUUAUUUCGUAAGUACAGACAAAAAGUUCAAGUAUCCUAAAGUGAAGAAAUAUACUGGAAAGAGGGGGCUACAAAGACUUGAGCAAUCGGAAGAUAGUAUUAAUAUCACGAAUAGCUACCCUUUCCAACCACGAUCAAUUGCAAGUGACCAGAAUGACAACUUCUACAUACUGGAUGCAGGGACAAACCUAAUCCAUGUAGUGGACGAGGAAGCAACGUUUCAAUCUAUUGUUAUAGCCACCAUGUCUGGCAGUAUAAGUUGUUUCAACGUGGAUUCACAUGAAAAUUUGUGGAUAGGCGACAUCUCUGGUCAGAUCAGAGUGUUCAGAAUGGAGCGAUACAAUUUUCUUGGACCAGAAGAAACACGUAUAGAGGUACCGAUUGGUGGCGGUGGCCCGGUGUCUAUGGAAGACCUCGGCAGGUUGGGUUUGCUAAGAGUUGGACGGUCAAGCUCGGGAGGAUUAGAACUUCCUGAAGGGUUUGAUCUUGGUAGUGGACUAAGGGAGAUGUUAUCUGGUUCGUCAUCGAGUCGAGAGGAGCCGACUCGAAUUCGAGACAAUUUCAUAAGAAACACAUUUUAAUUACCCAAAUCCCAGUGUGUAAAUAGAAUUUGUACAUACAACUUUUAUAAAAAGACAAAAUUGACUUUUAGAUUGCUUAUCUGCAGACUUGGUGUGUUCUUUAAAACAUAAGUUUUGCAGUGAGUUAACAAUAGUGCAGCAUUGUAGUCCAAAAUUUAGAUUCCAUUCCUAGACAUUUCCUGGAAAACGACAUGUUUGCACAAUCUUCUUCCGUUAUAAUACGCCGCCAAAAGGAAGACUGAAUCUAUUGGAAACAAUGUGUUCGAGAAGAUCGGAUGUAAUUUUUUCCUUGUCUGCAUUAGGGGUUGCGCACUGUUGAAAACCAAAGCAAGAGAUUACAAUUUAAACCAUGCUUAACUCGUAACUUGCAACGAUAAAAUUAAAUUCCUUAACAUUAAUAUCUCAACUUCCGAUGUUAUUUCAACAAGGAGCAAUUACAAUCUAACGUUUCUAGAAUCUGAAAGGACCAACAGAUUACAUCAUGCUUGGCCAAUGUUUAGAAGUACAUAUGACAUGUAACAUUCAAUCUAGAAUCUACGUGAUGAUUUUGUAACAUUCAGAAAAGACAACGA